AUGGCUGGCUCAGACGAAGCAAAUAGUCAUCCAGCAGAGGGCAACACCAUAAUCAAUAUUACUGGUGCCGAACUGCAAGCCCUAAUCACCGCGGCAGUUUCUCAAGCGGUAGAGGCUAAGUUUAAAGAGCCGAGUGUUGUUCGGUCUCAAACUCUUUCGAAAACCCAUUCUCAGCCACAUACUCACAAGAAAAGUGAGUCCCUGCACUCGUCUAACCAGGGAGAAAAAGGGGCGAUAGAUUGUAUGAAGUGGUUAGAUGAGAUGGAAACGGUGAUAGAUAUUAGCGGUUGCGCUAAAGAAGAUGUGGUCAUGUGUGUCUCCCAAUCUCUUAAGGGCGAUGCCCUUACGUGGUGGAAAGCACUUAUACAGUCCACUGGGAAAGUGCAUUUGUAUAAUCUUUCAUGGGAGAAGUUUGUUGAUCUGGUUAAGGACACUUAUUGUCCUCAGCAUGUGGAGCGUAUAGAGACUGAUUUUCUCACCCUCGUGAUGAAGGAUCUAGACUGUAGAUCAUAUGUGACUAGUUUCAAUUCCAUGUCGAGGCUUGUACCGUAUCUAGUCACACCGGAGCCCAAGCGCAUUGCGCGUUUUAUUGGUGGUCUGGCUCCUGAAGUUAAGGGGAAUGUUAAGGCUUUAAAGCCAACCACCUAUAGAUCCGCUGUGGAUCUAUCAUUAUCCCUCACUUUGGAUAUUGUGAGGAGUAGGGCGAAGAAAACUUCUGAAGAAGGGAAGAGGAAGAGAGAGGAUGAUCAGUCCUCUCAUUCGAAAAAGAAAGGAAAGGGGAACUCUGGUUCCAAGAAAGGGCAAACUGGUGAUAAGCCCAGGUGUAAGACUUGCCACAAAAGGCAUUUUGGCAAGUGCAACCGGGACCCACAAGCUAAACCGUGUGGGAUCUGCAAGAAAAUGGGGCACAAGUCUGUCGAGUGCCGGAAUAUAAAGGAUGCAACCUAUGCUCUAAGCCGAAAGGAAAGAGUUAAACCGAUUAGGAUCAAUGCAAAGAGCAUUGAAUUGAAGAAUAGUCUGAAUGAAAGACUAUUAGCUGCACAAAAGGACGCUGUAUUGGAAGUUAAUCUUCCAAACGAAAAGUUAGGUGUAACUGUUGAACAGUUAACACCUGGAAAGGAUGGAAUUCUUAGAAUGAACGGUAGAAUUUGGGUUCCUAUUUAA